CCUCUGUCUUUGAAGUGGAGCACGUUAUACAACCAGUUUGCUUUCUUUUUCAUUUUAUGCGCUAUAGGCUACGUGUAUUUUAUUAUAACCCGAGAAAUAAAGAUUAAUACCAUUAAUUAAUACUAUUGCGGGCGUUUUGUUUGUCCGGAAGAAAAGGCCGUCGACUCUAUUUUAAACGCUCAACGGAGAAACACUUCAGAAAACACAUGAAAUAAUGGCAUACUACUGUCUUCUGCUCACUGCUUUUGUUUUGGUCGUUGUUGGUGUGUUUGGUGAUGAUGUGGUGACAAAGAUGGAGGGAGACACAGUCACUCUAAACACUGAUAUAAUCAAAAAAGAGCAUGACAAGUUGCUGUGGUAUUUUGAAGACACUCGCAUCGCUCUGGUCAAUGGACAUCCCAACACGAGCUGUUUAUAUGAUGGAGAAGACGGGAGAUUCAGAGACAGACUGAAGGUGGACUAUGAGACUGGAUCUCUGAUCAUCACAAACAUCACAACUCAACACACUGGACGUUAUGAAGCAGAGAUCAUCAGAAGUGAGAGUUCGGGAAAAAGACAAAGUUUAAACAGAAACCGCAAGUGUGAUAGCACAAAAAUCACCAAAAAAAACAGCAUCAGUCAAGAUGAUAACAUAAAAACUUUCAAUGUGAUCGUCACUGCUGCUCUAUCUGCCCAAGUCAAAAUCGACGAAGAGCCCCGUAUGGAGAAGAGGGAGUCUGACUUUGCUGUUUCAGGUUCAGGUCUGUCUUCAGCUGCUGUAGCAGGAAUUGUUGUUGGUGUUAUUGCUGUUCUGCUGCUGACUGUUGUAGCUGCUGCUGUGAUUCACUAUCGCCGCAGGAGCUCCAGAAAUACAGCCAACGAGAAAAACUACAAUAAAGGAUUACUGCAAAACAAUGAGGAGGUCCUAAAAGUGUGAUUAUGAAACAAGAAAAAACUGCUUACCUGUAAAACAUAUUGCACUACUGUACCUUAAUCAAACACUGAUUGUUACACUGGACACACUAAUUUUAAGGCAAUAAGUGCACCCUUUUAGCUUUAAAAGGUAGCAUCAUAGGUUUGAUUUGGUGUGGUUUUAUCAUUCAUUUAUAAUCAUAUGAGUCUGCAAUACUUCCUAUAAUAUAUUAUAUAAUGUUUUCCAUUGUUAAUCUUUGGUAUGACUAUUUUGGUAUGACGACUGUGAAUGUAUUUUUGGAUGAAAUAACUGUGUAGUCUGGGCACAGCUGAACAGAGCAGGUUAAGGAUCUGGAAGUGACUUUGAAACUUAUGUUUCUUUGUGCAAUAAAUAAAGAUUUAGGAUGAAACAUAUACUUUAUGUACAGGACAAUUUUAGGAUUAUAUACCAGUCAACAAUUAGCAAGUGUAUGUAUAGGUGACUAUAAUCAGAUGGUUAUGCCAAAACAUUAUUUAAAACAAAUGUAAACUUUUACUAUCACUGUACUGAAACUGCUGCUUUCAUUAUAUCACAGAGGAUGAAAUAUCCUUUUAGCUUUGUCCAAUAAUUGUAAUGUAUGUAUAAUAUUACUAAGCAUUCUGGAAUUCCCAUUAAUUUCCUCUGUUGAGAAACACUAAUCUCUGUUAUUCUGUGAUUCUGUAUAAACCACUGACAUGUAAGCAGUGCAACUACUCACCUGUAUUACAAAUCACAAUAAAAUUGGCGUUUGUAAUUUAA